CAGCUCGCGUGGCGGUGGAUGAAGUUCUGCUUACGACGUCACCUUGUGCAGAAAGGAUAAAGUCAGGACGGUGAAGCGGCCCGUUUUACUGUGUCGGGACCUACUUGCAAAUGUCUAAGUUAGAAGUUUAACAGAACAUCACUACCUGAUCCGAAGGAAUCCCUAGAUAUUCUGACCUUGAAUCACGAUACUUGCCUCGAUAUCAAUUCUCCAAGGAAUUGGCGGUCACGAACAACUAUUGGAUUACUUUUGGAGUCCAGGUAAGCUCUCCACCUCAGCCACCGCUAUAACCAUUCCACUGCGACCGCUGCUCUGCAACCACUGGGACAAAGUUGCUCUCAGGGCAUCCUUCUCUGCACUACGACCACCACGAGCCAAUCACUAAAGCGGCGAGCAGCUUGGAAAGACCUGUUUUUCUGGUUGCCCCGCCUCUAUUUCCCCCCUAGCAGUCAACAGCGAGUGUGCAGCUCUCGCUCCUGCUCUAGACUGUGCCUCGUCUGCUCAGUUUCCCUACCCAGUUCUGGUAGGCGGUCUCUUCAGGUUGCCCCCCCCCCUGGUCCCCAAAGUGUCCACCUCAGCAAUUCGGGGCCCGCCCACAACUUUCUUGUGACAGCGUCGCCCGGCGAUACUUGUCUCCUUUCCCCCUCCCCCAUUCUCCCGCCUCCGUCUCUUUCCCUCUCCCAUUCCAUUCCUAACUACUUCUCUUCAACUCUUCUGACCCCCGACCUCCGUCUCCUUCUCCAUUCAACGUCUCUUUUCCUCUUUCUCAUACACACACCGUAAUCCACAGCCAUGGAGGAAGAAGUUGCUGCUCUCGUCAUCGACAAUGGUUCGGGUAUGUGCAAGGCCGGUUUCGCCGGUGAUGAUGCUCCCCGAGCUGUUUUCCCCUCCAUUGUCGGUCGCCCCCGUCAUCAUGGUAUCAUGAUUGGUAUGGGUCAGAAGGACUCGUAUGUUGGUGAUGAGGCUCAGUCCAAGCGUGGUAUCCUCACCCUGCGAUACCCCAUUGAGCACGGUGUUGUCACCAACUGGGACGACAUGGAGAAGAUUUGGCACCACACCUUCUACAACGAGCUGCGUGUCGCCCCCGAGGAGCACCCCGUCCUGCUCACCGAGGCUCCCAUCAACCCCAAGUCCAACCGUGAGAAGAUGACCCAGAUUGUCUUCGAGACAUUUAACGCCCCAGCUUUCUACGUCUCUAUCCAGGCCGUUCUGUCUCUGUACGCCUCCGGUCGUACCACUGGUAUCGUUCUGGACUCUGGUGAUGGUGUCACUCACGUUGUCCCCAUUUACGAGGGUUUCGCCCUUCCCCACGCCAUUGCCCGUGUCGACAUGGCUGGUCGUGAUCUUACCGACUACCUCAUGAAGAUUCUUGCUGAGCGCGGUUACACUUUCUCCACCACCGCCGAGCGAGAAAUCGUCCGUGACAUCAAGGAGAAGCUUUGCUACGUCGCCCUCGACUUCGAGCAGGAGAUCCAGACUGCCGCCCAGAGCUCCAGUCUGGAGAAGUCCUACGAGCUUCCCGAUGGUCAGGUCAUUACUAUUGGUAACGAGCGAUUCCGUGCUCCUGAGGCUCUCUUCCAGCCCUCUGUCCUUGGUCUUGAGAGCGGUGGUAUCCAUGUCACCACCUUCAACUCCAUCAUGAAGUGUGAUGUCGAUGUCCGAAAGGAUCUCUACGGCAACAUUGUCAUGUCUGGUGGUACCACCAUGUACCCUGGUCUCUCCGACCGUAUGCAGAAGGAGAUCACUGCCCUUGCUCCUUCUUCCAUGAAGGUCAAGAUCAUUGCUCCUCCCGAGCGAAAGUACUCCGUCUGGAUCGGUGGUUCUAUUCUUGCUUCCCUGUCCACCUUCCAGCAAAUGUGGAUCUCCAAGCAGGAGUACGACGAGAGCGGUCCCUCAAUCGUUCACCGCAAGUGCUUCUAAGCUACCCGACCGACAAACCAAAUCCUCCCACUCGCGCAACGACGACAAGAUCAUGGAGGUGGCGACAGACGUUAAGCUUUGGGUGGUUGGCAAACGUCAAAGUCGACUCUCAUAUUUACGAAAAGUUUUUGACAUGGUCAGAAGGGUGGGCGUUGCGCUUACGAAGAGAUGUGAUAGCCCCUUUGUUGUAGUUGCGCGUGUAAUGCGUGCCUAGGGGUAGAAGCCGAGGUUGACAUACAAAUACUUUUUUACUUUCCGCUUAGAAUUUUUUGAAAUGAAACGAGGUGAUGACAUGAUGUCUGGUCCCUUGCGUACAUUAAGUAUAUCCACAUACAUGAUAUCGUAAUUGAUUCCUCACCAUUGCUUCCAUAGGUUAUUGAUCAUGGCGCAUUACUUGUGGCGUCUAGGGGUUGAGAAGUCUGGCAAUCGUUUGCGUCGUCCAUGGUUGGGUCACUUCCCUCUGCUGAAGCAGGAGCUGUGUCUGACUGCGCCCCAACUUCAGCAACUGUGGCGAUCUUCUUCUCUUCCUCAAGUUUCUUGUACUUCCUACGACUCUUUUUCGAAGCGCUUGCAGCUUUCUUUUGCUUUACCUUGCCGACAAUAGCCGAUCGACUCUGAUCUCCAUUACGAAGCUCAUCAACACGUUGUGCGAGUAAUUCACGGGCGUGCUUCCGGUUCUGGUCUCUUGAACGGGUUGCCUGAGACUUGACGACGAUGCCAGUGGGUAUGUGCUUCAGCUGAACUGCGGAAUUGGUUUUAUUCUAGUGUAACAACUACGUAAGUUGAAAGAACUUCCGAGUACUGAGCAAUAGCCGGGGUGCUAGAAAAGGGACAUGCGUACAAUCUUUUGUCCACCAGGACCGCUGCCUUUUACAUAGGACUCUUCGAUCUCAGACUCAGGUGGGGGCUUCGGUCGAGGAGGGAGAGCUUUCACCAGGGAGGUAGAUGUAUUGUGAAAGGUCCGUAUUGGAAGCGGUGCGGGAAUGCUGCUGCGGAUUCUUCGGAGGAGUUUGAACGGCAUCAUCACGAUGCCAUUGAAUGCAGACAUUCAACAAGAAAUAUCAG